CGGAGCUUCAGGAAGGCGGAGCCGCGCCUCAGCCGCUGGCGGACCCUGGGGGCCGCAGGGCCUGUGCUCGGAAGGCGGGGUCUGGGGCGGAGCGCGGCGACCAUGCAGGUGGCAGACGCAGGCGCUGGCGGCGUAGCGGGCGGUGCUGACAGCAGGGACGGCCACCGCGGUCUUGGCAGUCCGGGCGCAUUAGCUGCGGCCGCCAGCGAAGCUCCGCGUGUCCCGGGACCAUCGCAGGUUUCGGGGCCAGGCGGAGAUGCGUCCUCCACGACCGGAAGGCCGGAAACCCGAGUACACGUAUUCGCCCUCUGCGUGCCUUUCCCGUCCAACGUGGAGGCGGAGAUCGCCUGUGCGUCCUUGGCCCCCGAUCGCGAGCCACACGGAAGCGUUGUGAAGAAGGAGCUCACUGUGACCGGCAGCAUUCUGGCCAUCCGCUGGAGAGCAGAGAACCCUCGCCUCCUCCGAAUUUCCAUCAUCAACUUUCUUGACCAGCUUUCCCUGGUGAUGCGGACCAUGCAGCGCUUUGGACCCCCCGUUUCCCGCUAAGUCUGCGCUGGGGAAACGGGACUAAGAUCUAUCCUCGUGUCCCCUGCCUGGGUGGUCCGUCCUUCCUGUUGCAGUGAUUCCUCCAGUAACUGCCACUGAGGUUGGGGGCCUGCCUAAUCUUUGUGGGUACUCGCCCUUGGGCACUCAGGGUCCCCUCGUUUGGUUUGGGGUUUCAGUGUUUGUUACUGCAGAAAAUAAAACUGAGCAUAGUUUGCACGUUUCACAUUACUCCCGAUAUAUUCCAUCUAAUGUGAACUUUUAAUAAAAACUUCUCAAAAACA